AUGGUGAGUUGGGCUAUUUGGCGUGAGCGGAAUGACUUUGUUUGGCAAAAGAAGAGUUGGCUUGCUUCAAAUAUUGUAACAUUAGCUAAAAACAUGCUUGAUCAAUACAGAUUCGCUCAGGAAAGGAAGGGCCUUUCGUUGUCUCCUUUGAAUGAUGGAGGGAGGAACUGUGAGCGUUGGAAUGCACCUGUGUUAAACAAGAUUAAAGUUAAUGUUGAUGGGGCUUUAUUUGAAAAAGAGGGGCAGUUUGGAGUGGGCUGUGUAGCUCGAGAUCAUCAUGGAACUAUAGUAGAAGCUUUCAAGAAGGGAAAGAUUGGGUAUGUUCAACCCGAAACUGCUGAGAUCAUAGGUAUCAAAGAAGCUUUGAAUUGGAUUGCGACUCAUCCCUGGGACAAUGUAGUGUUUGAAACAGAUAGUUUGGUGUGUGUCCAAGCAGUCCAAAGUAAAGUCUUUAUGUCCUCACAGUUUGGUCUUAUUGUUCAAGAUGUUAGGAAUUUACUUUUGUCUUUAUCUUUUGUUGAGUUAUGUUUUGUUAAACGAUCUGCAAACAAGUUGGUUCAUUGCUUGGCAAGAGACUCUUGUUUCUCUACAGGUUGUGCGCUUCAGUUGGAGGAUUGUUCCUCUGAAGUGCGUUCUAUUGUUUUGAACGAGUUUAUUAAUUAA